AUUUUGGAACCGUUGAUUUUUUUCCAACGAGGACCAAGGUCUUGGUGGCUUGAACGGCUUUGUCUUCUCGACGAGCAUCGGCAGGAAGCUCAUUCCUUCCUCACUUACAGCUCGCUUCGACGAUUUGGUCUGCCUGCUGGCUAGCCACGACUGUUCACCAUGUUGUCCCGGUCCCUGCGACGUGCGGCUAUCUUUCCAGCGGAGAUUACACCUCGAAAUGCCUUGCGACAAGCAACACGACUCAUAAGCCGACGAGGCAUCGCUAGUACUGCUGCACGAUGGCAAGAUCUUCGCAAGACACCGCUGUACGAGUUUCACGUUUCCCAAUCCGCGAAAAUGGUCCCUUUUGCUGGAUUCUCCAUGCCCUUAUCCUACGGCGAUAUAGGCCAAGUGGCUGCACACAACCAUGUCCGGACAGCUGCAGGUAUAUUCGACGUCUCUCACAUGCUGCAACAUCGCUUCACGGGUGAUUCUGCCGAAGCCUUCCUCAUGUCUCUUUGCCCUACUUCACUGGACGCCCUCCCGCCUUUCACCUCGUCUCUGUCUGUCCUCCUCAAUGAACAAGGAGGUAUCAUUGACGACAUGAUGGUCACCAAGCAAUCGAGCUCGGAAGCCUACUAUGUCGUUACGAACGCCGGUCGGAUCAAGGAAGAUAAAGAGUUGAUAAGGGAGAAAUUACGAGACUGGAACGAAUCUCACCAGAGUGAACCGGUCAGAUGGGAGACUCUGGACGGCUGGGGACUAUUGGCGUUACAGGGACCUAAAUCCGCCGAGGUGUUGCAGGCUUUGAUCAAGGAUGUAGAUCUGACAAGCCUCAAAUUUGGAAAGAGCGUGUUUGCUCCGGUCGGUCACGACAAGGUCAAGUGCCAUAUCGCUCGUGGAGGAUACACCGGAGAGGAUGGCUUUGAGAUCUCGAUCCCUCCGCAACACACUGUGGCAUUGACCAAGGAGAUAGCGUCCAAUCCCGAUGUCAUGAUGAUUGGCCUCGGAGCCAGAGACUCACUCCGGCUGGAAGCUGGAAUGUGUCUCUACGGACAUGACCUGAACGAAGCUAUCAGUCCAGUAGAAGCGGGACUGACAUGGACCAUCGGCAAAGAGCGACGAUCAGAAGAAGCCAGCCCAUUCCCAGGGAAAUCUCGGAUCUUGUCUGAGAUUGCCAACGGUCCAUCCAGACGACGGGUAGGAUUACAAGUUGAAGGCCCACCCGCAAGAGAAGGCAGCAAGAUCUUCGACAGUACAGGCACACAGGAGAUCGGAAUCGUGACUUCCGGUAUUCCCUCACCUACAACUGGCACCAACAUUGCCAUGGGAUACGUCGCAUCUGGGCAUCACAAGAAAGGAACUGAAGUUCAGGUUGAAGUCAGAAAGAAGCUCAGACCGGCCUUCAUUCGACCCAUGCCAUUUGUUCCUCCAAAAUACUACAAAUGAUCCACCAUCGAGCUUUGGGUAUGACAUGAGCCAUGCAUCUCUGUUUUGGGAGUACCGUUGCGUAUCGAAGCGCCAUGGAAACCCUCAAGGAGAGGCGAGAACGACGACUGCUCUCAAGGAAACACAUGCUGUACUGCGAAUGACUUGGCGCGACGCCACGCGCACCCCUCCUACUGCCAGAAGAUCGUAUGGACAUCCUCCUUCGCGAAGGACCUCCCGCAAGCCGGGCACUUGCGUUGUCUCGUCUCAAUCCGCGAGUCGAGACAGGGCGCACAGAAAGCUAGCAUUGAAAGUGAGUGAUCGUGCCUUCAAAGAAAAUCAAGAUACACACUGUGAUAACACCCAUUGAUGACCUUGCUUCGCAUGUUGUGCUUGCAUGACUGACACUUGAGGACGGCCUGAAAGCAAGUCAGACAGCACGCCUGAGAGUCGUAGAGGAGCUCGUCCUCACCCAGAGCUUUUCAG